ACGAAAGGACCGUUAAAAAGAGUAAGAAAUAAACAUGGCUGUCAAGACUGUUAAGUAGGGUGUACUGCACUGUAAAAUAUUCCAAUAAUCUUUUAAUUCGGUCAAUAAAAAAUAUUAAUGUUUCGGUUACUAAAUAUUGACUUAACCUUUGAUAAUUUAGGAUGAAGUGUUAUGUGACGGUGUGUGAGACUACAGUGAAUUAAUUAGUUGCAUUAUUGUGCAUUGUUUUUAUUUAUUGAUAAAGUGAAUUUGUUGUAAACUGUAUUAAAAGGUAAUGAUUUUCAAGCCAUGGGUGCUCAGAACACCAAGGAAAGGACAAUUUCUGUUGGAACUCAUUCAACAAGAACGACUAGAAACAGGCCUAGAGCUCUUAAAGAUGGGCGACAGAUUGUAUCUAAUAUUUUCACAGAACAUAGUGAAGCUCUUCUACAAAGUCGACCCUUGCCACACAUACCGAGUUUGCCCGAUUCAGAGGCGCCAAGUACUGGAACCUUAGGUUCAGGGGGCACCUUAGGAAGUUUGUCCGGUUCAUCGGGUUCCGCACCACCCUCCACGCCUAUGUCCUUAGAAGCAGCCAAUCGUUGGACCUCCAAAGAAAAUCUUCUUGCCCAAGAGGAAGAUGAUCCUCAACUUUUCGUAGCUCUUUAUGAUUUCCAAGCAGGCGGGGAAAAUCAGCUAAGUUUAAAGAAAGGCGAACAAGUUCGAAUUCUUAGUUAUAAUAAAAGUGGAGAAUGGUGCGAGGCGCAUUCAGUUUCAAAUCAGGUCGGUUGGGUACCAUCGAAUUACGUGACCCCGGUUAACUCGUUGGAGAAACAUUCAUGGUAUCACGGUCCAAUUUCCCGAAAUGCAGCAGAAUAUUUAUUGAGCUGCGGCAUAAACGGUAGUUUUUUGGUAAGAGAAUCGGAAAGUAGUCCAGGCCAAAGAAGUAUAUCAUUAAGAUACGAAGGCAGAGUAUACCAUUACCGAAUAAAUGAAGAUUCGGACGGUAAAGUCUUUGUAACUGCCGAAAGUAAAUUCAACACUCUUGCCGAACUAGUCCAUCAUCAUUCCAUGCUCUCGGAUGGUUUAAUAACUCAGUUACUUUAUCCUGCCCCGAAACACAACAAACCCACCGUGUUCCCAUUAAGUCCAGAACCAGAUGAAUGGGAAAUCGACCGCACGGACAUCAUAAUGCGUCACAAACUUGGCGGAGGACAGUACGGGGAUGUUUACGAAGCCGUGUGGAAGCGAUACAAUAUGACAGUGGCUGUAAAAACACUCAAGGAGGACACAAUGGCUUUAAAAGACUUCCUCGAAGAAGCGGCAAUUAUGAAGGAGAUGAAACACCCCAAUCUCGUACAACUCAUGGGGGUGUGUACAAGAGAACCGCCCUUUUACAUCAUCACUGAGUUUAUGAGCAAGGGGAACCUGUUAGACUAUCUCAGAAACGGAAACAAAGAACAAAUUAAUGCGGUGGUGUUAAUGUAUAUUGCUACCCAGAUAGCGAGUGGUAUGAGCUACUUGGAAAGUCGAAGCUUCAUCCAUAGGGACUUGGCCGCAAGGAAUUGUCUCGUUGGAGAGAAUCAUCUAGUCAAAGUAGCUGAUUUUGGUCUUGCAAGACUCAUGCGGGACGACACGUACACAGCCCACGCAGGAGCCAAGUUUCCGAUCAAAUGGACCGCUCCUGAGGGACUAGCAUACAAUAAAUUUUCAACCAAAUCAGAUGUAUGGGCUUUCGGAAUUCUUCUCUGGGAAAUAGCUACGUAUGGGAUGUCUCCCUAUCCAGGCGUCGAUCUCACUGAUGUAUAUCACAUGCUAGAAAAAGGUUACAGGAUGGAAUGUCCACCUGGAUGCCCUCCAAAAAUAUACGAACUUAUGAGACAGUGUUGGCAAUGGCAUGCCCAUGAAAGACCCACUUUCAAAGAAAUCCAUCACGCCUUAGAACAUAUGUUUCAAGAGAGUAGCAUAACAGAAGAGGUCGAAAAACAGCUUCAAGACGAUGGAAUGAUACCGGUCACCACCUCUCACAUGUCCUACAAAAAAUCUCAUGCUGGCAGCACCGGCAACUUACACGGGCUUGUUAUAACUGAUCAAACAGCAGAUCAUGGAAAUGUUCCGGUGAAGUUGUCAACAUUUACAGGAGGACAAUCAACUAAUUCAAAGAGUAGCAUGGUUCAAUUAAGACGUACAACAAACAGGAGAGGCAAACAGGCUCCUGUGCCUCCAAAACGUACUAGUCUCCUAUCUUCAUGUAGUUCUUUUCGUGACAGCACAUGUGAUGACCAAGGUCAGUCGGAGUCUCAUCUGGAAGAUGGAACUGAUUUAAAUGGUAUUAAUAUGACAUUCAAAGGAAUAACGAAAGAGCUUCAAAAUCUGGCCAAGGGUGAUAGUGAAAGCGAUAUUCAAGAUCAGACGCCGGAUACAGACGAUUCUGGGGCUCAUUCCUAUCCUGAAGUGUCAAGUUCCAGUACUUUCGGAGUAACAUCGUUCAAAAGAGCUCCAGUGAUGGGUAAUAGGGGAUUAGAACAACGUGGAAGAAAAUCGAAGACCUAUCCUCCUAAGGAACAACCUGUUCAGGUGGCGGCAUUGGAAGUCCAGAACGUGAAAAAAGCCAUUAGUCGUUACGGCACAUUACCCAAAGGCGCACGCAUAGGCGCAUAUUUAGAAUCUCUACGUCAAAGUGGUUUGUCCAACAGUCAAGAGCAUGCGCAAGCGGUAAACCCUGUAAUAGCAGAGCAAGUUGAGCCCAGCGCCCGUUCGUUAUCUCCUCGAACGAACAUCAAAACGCAGCCCCAAAUGAUUCGCAGCAAUUCGUCAAGUGGGGUCACCACGUUCCAUGCUCCCUUACCGCCUAGCUCUCCCACUGCCACAAAACUUAGCCGAACAAGAAAUGUCACGAGAACUAACAACACCGACAUAGGGUUAAGAACGUUCAAGACGUCUCACGGAAAUUUCCGGCAGGGAAGUCCGUCAAGGGCGGUUCAACCCACUUUGGCCGAUCUGGAAUUCCCUCCACCACCCACUGAUUUGCCACCGCCACCCGAAGAAUUCGAUGGGACAUUUGAUGAGAUCCACUCGACGUCGUUGACCUUGUCGGCGGAAAUGAAGAAGAAACGCGUUCCAAUUUCGCCUUUAACGUCGAGAAAGUUCAACGAAGAAACGGAAGAUAACGGCGACUUGCAUCCAUCGGUAGAGGAGGCGGGAUCGCGGUUCGGCGUCAAUUUAAAGAAACGCGAGCCGUCGAGUGAUAGUUGCGCGAGUACAAAAGAAACAAAAGAGGACGCGGGAAGUCCCGUACGUACUAGUUUAAGUCUUACAAGUCCAAGCGUCGAAGGUCGAAGUCCCGCGAGUGUCGAUUCGGACGUAGUACCGGCGGUCGGAUCUCCUCUCGAACCCCUACCUCCUCCCCCUAUAUUUCCUCAAGACGAAUUCGAAGAGCACGAGGAAAUUUGUAGUAAAAACGUAAUCGAAAACGUAGAUGACGCGAACGUAUUGUCAUCAAAUGCCAAAGAAAAAUCGUCGUCGUUGGUGUUCAAAAAUAAAAAUGUGAUGAAAGAGAUGGAAUUGAAACUUGUCGCCGAGAUCAAAGAACGUGCAGACAAGAAGAGCAGAAACUCAUCCGAAUCUCCAGUAGAACCGUCGUCUACGGCUGUGAGUAGUAUUAGUUUAGAUCCCGCCUUACAACUUGUGUCCGAACUGUCCGAAACCAUGAAUUUAGAUCUUAACAAAAAAGAGACUUCCCCAAAACAAAACGAUAAACCCAACUCCUUCAUACCGCAACUUAAGAAAGUCGACCCCUCGUUUAUUACUAAAAAUAGGGACAAGGAAGAGAAUGGCACAACCGGAAUUAUAGAUUUCAAAUCACGCUUAAGAAAAAUCGAGAAAGCAGACAGAAACGAAGACGAAACAGAGCAGAUUAAAAAUAAUGGUGAAGAAGAACAUGAAAAGGAAAAUAACAAAAGAGAAAGCACUGCAAGUUCUGAUAAUGGUACGAAUAGACUGGAUGAAGGAGACGAUAAAAGAAAAAGUACCGGAAGUAUAAGUAGUUUAAAAAAAUUAUGGGAAACUAAAGAAGCAACAGAAUCUACAAUUCAAUUAAGUCCGAAAAUGCCGCUUAAAAACGACAAAAACACGGAAGCGUCGACUGAAACCUCCCCCGUAGAAACUUCUGAAGACUCUUUCAAAAUUUUAACCACAUCCAAAACUGACAAACGUUCUUGGCCACCACCGACAACCAAUGACGAGAAACCAGUAAUUCCCACAAAACCGCCCUUAAAAUCAAUAAAACCGAUUAUGUCCUCUCGUCCGCUUGUGCCAGCAAUAUACGCAACCCCUAUAUCAUCAAAUUCCAAACCUCCAGUUUCCAUUAAACCAACUAACAACACUUCGCCCCUUGAAGACAAUUCUAAAACAAACAACUCGGACCGAAGCGAUAAGGACAAUAUUCUGGACAUAUGUCAAGCCCUGGAGACAACGGUAAAAAGCAUUAGGUCGAACUCGAACGUUUCCACGUCCAAUUGGUUGCAAUUGUCCGACAAAAUAGGACUUCUUCACGUCUCUUGUUUGGAUUAUUCGGAUAAUGUUGUUCCCGCGCAUGCGAAAUUCCAUUUUCGAGAGUUACUGAGCAGGUUAGAGUCGCAAGCGAGACAACUCAGAUCAGCGGGAUCAAGAAACAGUACCGAAAACAUACGGUAUCUUAACGACGUUAACAACACAAUCAAAGAUGUUGUCAAUGCGGUGUUGCGAUAGAAAGAAAAAUAAACAGAAAACAAUUACAGGACCACUUAACUAGCGUUUAGAUUGUAAGGUUGCGUAUUAAUCUUUCGAAUUAUUAAUUUUCCUUUUUAUUCGCUUCGUGAAUCUUUGUUCUUAAUUUUGACUACGAUAUUUAUUUCAGCAAGCUUACUGACCGGCUGUAUUGGCAAUUAAAAAAAAUUCCAUGUUUUACAUAUUAAGAAAAUUAACUGAGACAUGCUGUGUAUCUACCACUUGUUUGAUUUUCUCUUUGCAAUUAA